CACAAGUUCUGUUUCCGGAACGGCCGUUUGAAGAACCGGACGCGUCCAUGUGUGGGACCUGAGAAGAGGCGGAUGUGGGUUCACAGCCGCCCUAGAAGAGGGGACCGUGCAAGAUGGAGACGGUGACGGAGGGGACGUGGGAUUCCCUGCCUGUCAAGUUCAGCCCCGGCGUUGUGCGGGCCUUGCAGGAGCUGGGCUUUUCUCACAUGACCCCUGUACAGUCUGCAACUAUUCCUUUGUUCAUGACAAAUAAGGAUGUGGCAGCUGAAGCGGUAACUGGCAGUGGCAAAACAUUAGCUUUCAUUAUUCCCAUGAUAGAAAUUCUUCUCCGACGGGAAGAAAGGCUCAAGAAAAUGCAGGUUGGCGCUAUUGUCAUCACACCCACAAGAGAGCUUGCCGUUCAAAUAGACGAAGUGAUAUCCUACUUCACAAAGUAUUUUCCCCAGUUUAGCCAAUGCCUUCUAAUUGGUGGAAAUAAUCCUAUGGAAGAUGUAGAAAGAUUCAAAGAACAAGGUGGAAACAUCCUUGUAGCCACUCCAGGUCGUUUGGAGGACAUGUUCAGGAGGAAGUCAGAGGGGCUGGAUUUGGCCAGUUCUGUGAAAUCGCUUGAUGUCCUGGUCUUGGAUGAAGCAGACCGGCUUCUGGAUAUGGGCUUUGAAGCAAGUUUAAAUUCCAUUCUGGACUUUUUGCCCAAGCAGAGACGGACUGGACUCUUUUCGGCAACUCAGACCCAAGAGGUUGAGAACCUGGUGAGAGCGGGCCUCCGGAACCCGGUCCGCAUCUCAGUGAAGGAGAAGGGAAUGUCAUCGACCAACACCCAGAAGACCCCCACACGGCUCCAAAACUACUACAUGAUCUGCAAGGCAGAUGAGAAAUUUAACCAGCUGGUCCACUUCCUUCGUCAGCACAAACCAGAAAAACAUAUUGUCUUUUUCAGUACCUGUGCUUGUGUGGAGUAUUAUGGGAAGGCUUUGGAAUCCUUGAUUAAGAACGUGAAAAUAAUGUGCCUCCACGGGAAAAUGAAACACAAACGGAAUAGGAUCUUCACAGAAUUCCGGAAACUUCCAAGUGGCAUUCUGGUUUGCACCGAUGUGAUGGCCCGGGGCAUUGAUAUUCCAGAAGUCAACUGGGUUCUACAAUAUGAUCCUCCAAGCAAUGCAAGUGCCUUCGUGCAUCGCUGUGGCCGCACUGCACGCAUCGGCCACUUGGGCAGCGCACUUGUCUUCUUGCUUCCCAUGGAAGAAGCCUAUGUCAAUUUUCUAGCCAUUAACCAAAAGUGUCCCAUGCAGGAAACAAAACUGCAGCAUAAUGUGGCCAAUGUCCUGCCGAAGGUGAAGUCUCUAAGUUUGGCUGACAGAGCUGUCUAUGAGAAAGGGAUGAAGGCGUUUGUAUCUUACGUGCAGGCUUAUGCUAAACACGAAUGCAACCUGAUCUUUCGGGUAAAAGACCUGGACUUUGCCAGCCUGGCCCGAGGUUUUGCCUUGCUGAAGAUGCCAAGGAUGCCAGAACUGAAAGGCAGGUCCUUCUCAGAGUUCACACCUGUCGAUAUUAACACAGACUCAAUUGCGUUCAGGGACAAGAGCAGAGAAAAACAGAGGCAAAAGUGGCUUGAGCAACGAAAGAAAGAGUUGCAGGAGCAAGAAGGGCAAAGGAAAUUCACCAGGAAUAAAGCCUGGUCCAAGCAGAAAGCCAAGAAGGAGAAGAAGAAGAAAAUGACAGCCAAACGGAAAAGAGAGGAAGGUUCUGAUGUGGAGGAUGACGAUAUGGAGGAGCUCCUGAAUGACACCCGGCUCUUGAAAAGGUUGAAGAAGGGCAAAAUCAGUGAGGAAGAGUUUGAGAAGAAGCUGCUGUGUGGUGUGAACGAAGCCCAGAGGGGAGAUGCGGGGGAAGGAGACUCUGACAGAUGAAACAGCUGGACACUGCUUCAUAUCUUUAAAACUUUUGCACCAAAUGCCAUUUUGCUCUUUGAUGUUGGCACUGUUGGGGUCUUACGAUACAGCAGCCUUUCCCGACCAGAUCCUCUCCAGAUGUUUUGGACUACAACACCCAUCAGCCCUAGCCAGCACAGCUGUCAAUUGGGGGAGCAUUGGGCGCCACCUCAUACUGAGCCAGACCAUUGGUCCGUCUACUGUGACAGGCAGCAGCUCUCUAGGAUGUCAGGCAAGGUAGAGUUCCUGCUUCAUGUGAUUCUUUUCACUGGAGGUGCCAGGGAUUGACCUUGGGGACCAUCUCAGUGCAAAGCACGGGCUCUGCCAGUAAGCUAUAAAUUAAGACCACUUCCCCAUGUUAAGAUUUUUGGCCACCUGACAGCUCCACCCGGCCCUCCCUGUGUCACAACUGUUGUUGCUGUUACUAUUUAGUAGAUUUAUUAGUCGCUUGUUACCCGAAGGUUUCCAAGCAACACUGUGAAAAACCAAAAUAAUCUAUCAUACCAUAAAACAAAAUAAUAAAACAACAACAACCUCCCAUACGUGUUAGAAAGGUUUUCCUAUAUCAGCAGUUUCUGUAUGAAUAGGGGUGGGAUUAUCAGAAACAUCAGAAGGGCCUUGCUGGAUCAGGCCAGUGGCCCAACUAGGCUGUCAAUCUGUUCCCACAGUGGCCAACCUGAUCCCACCUGGAAACCCACAAGUAGGGACCUGAGUGCAAGAGCGCUCUCCCCUCUUGGGGUUCCCAGCAACUGGCAUUCACAGGCAUGUACUGCCUCUGGCAGUGGAUUCAUUGGGGAGUGGUGACUGAACAAGAACAGCCACCAGCUGAAAGCAUCCAAUAGUGACAGUGAAUGGUGACAUCCUGUGCCCCCUCCAUCCACACUCACAAAUGAGAAACACCCCCCCCCCCAAUCACAUCAGGUUUGUAAAAGUGGCAUGCAAUGACCAACCUACUUUUCAGUUUAUAACACGAUGCACCAGGAGUAGGAAACCUUUUUUAUUUUUUAGCCUGAGGGCAGCACUCCCUUCUGGGGGCCGCAGGUCAGUGUGGGGUGUGGCCAGAGGCAAAAGUGGGCAAAACAAUGGGUGCGGCUUACCAGUGUGCUGCCCAGUCCUGCAAAAGCCAGAGGCUUCUGUGCACGCCCACCUCUCCAUCCAGGCGAGCACAAGGUACCGUCACCAUUUCAAGAGACUGUCCAGCCAGGCAAGAGCACGCAAGGGAGGUGCAGAGCAGGGACAGUGAAGGGUGUGGCCUGGGGGCAGUCUGGAAGGCUGGACAGAUAGGUCCGGACGACUACAUGCCAUCCUCACACCUACAGCUUCCCACCCUUGACAGACUGCUUGGGCCCCAACUGUCUGCAAGGCCACCUCCUUCCUUACAGACCCUCUCCUGUGUUAAGAUGGGUGCGGUGGGUGGGGGGCUUUGGGCAGUUUUGCCGCCCUCAGAAAUACUGGGGUAGCAGCAUUUAUACAAAAAAGGCAUAAAAUAUAUUUUAAAAAAUUGUUUUAGUUUCUUAUUUUUUUACUUGAUUUUAUAUUGUACAUCCACAUUGUUGUAACCCACCCUGGGACCUUAUGAUGAAAGGUGGGUAAGAAAUCCUAUAAUAAAAUAAAAUGCAAUGGGAGGUGCCAGGGACUGACCUUCCACAAGCAAAGCAUGUGCUCUGCCACUAAUCUACAGACCUUCCCUACUCAGGGCGAUAGCUUAGUCUCCCAUCCCAUCAUAUCCACCCCCUGAUAAGCAGCUUGUAGGCCUAGCAAUAUGGUGUACAAACAUAUCCCUUACACAUCCAAUUACUGAUGCUUCCCAUAGUGGGAGUAAAGCACCAGCGCAUGUUACAAGUGACCUAAAGCAAUGGGGGGGCAAUAGAAUGGCAAUAUAUUCUUCCCUCUUCCGAUUCCUCCUCCAAAGUGUUUGUAGUUCUUGCAGGAUUUGCUCCCCCUUUUUUCGCUUCUCUUCCGGUCUUUGUUCUCAGUGAGUAAUGGCUCUCUAAGUGAAGACCGCAUGGCUGCAGAGUCAACCAAUCCUUGUUUUAUCUCCAUUCUCCUCCCUGCUGAGUUCUAUAAGGAGCAACACUGAGACUAAGGAGGAGGAGGAAGAGGAAGAUGAAGCUGACAAGCAGUCCCAGGCCCUAGCUUGGUUGUAAGAGCGCAGGUAGGUGAGGGCUAGCUGUGGGCAGACUGAGCUUGGUGGGGCAGUAUCUCAUUCGCCCUGAUGGAUGAUCCUACAUAAGAAGAGCCCCAUUGGAUCAGACCAAAGAUCCAUCAGUCCAUCAUUCUGUUCUCACAGUGGCCAACCAGAUGCCUAUGGGAACCCCCAAGCAGGACCUGAGCACAUCAGCACUCUCCCCACUUGUGAAUCCCAGCAACUAGUAUUCAGAGGCAUCCUGCAACAGCGGAAGUAGAACAUAUCCAUUGUGGCUAUUGGUCACUGUUUGAUUGUUGCCAAACAGCCUCUAGUAGUGUCCACAAAUGGAGUCCUCUAUUUGAAGGCGUCUUCCAUUUGAGGGUUCUCCAGUCUAAAUCUGGUUCAAAGAGAAGGAAUUAUAAAAAGGAAAAGCAGGAGCCUUAAAGUUGCCCUUCGGCAGUUAACAGCACCUGGUCAGCAAACUGAGCAGGCACCCAGGUCUCCUGCUCACAGUCUUCCCCUCUAUGGUGAGAUGUAUUGCAUUUCUAUUUAAAUUAGAGUAGUUAUGUCUAAAUUGGUAGCUAUACUUACAAGUUACCAUAUGCAAACUGGUAUUUAUUUUUGGUUAUGCAGAUCCUCAAUUUUGGCAAUGUGUAGCUGGCCAACCUAGCCUCUAGUGGGGGACUUUAUCCUGGAACAAAGCUAUGUGGGGAAUUUAAACAGUGGCCCACCCGGGGUGGGAUAGAGUGAGUGGGGGUCCUAUGCAGGCCCUGUCAGGGCCUUGUGGCAAAUGGAAACAAUUAUUUGGCAUCAGAUCCCCCCCAUUUCCUACAUAAUUACAGUAUAACCACCCACAUGUAUCAGUUUAGUUGUUGCUUUUUAAAAUGUUUUUUAUUGAAAACAUGGUGCAUAUGAAGCACUAAACUUUAGUGACUAAAGGUCACGUUCAAGAUACAACAGGCAUCCAUUCAGUUUUGAGGCCCUGAAUGUUUCCUGGAUUCAGCCUACCUUCCCUGUCCACGUCUUGCUCCGUUGGAGGGUCACUGAUGUUAAUUGUGAAGUUCACUAUUUUAGUAAUCCAGAUGGUCCUCCAGUUGCUGAAGCAAAAUGAAUAGGUUCCAUUCUUCUGGGCAAUAAAGGUUACAUUCCCGCUGUCCACUCUCUCUAGAGUGUAAAUAUACAUAGGGUCAGGCCCAGCUAUCUGGAACAAGAAAAGGAACCCGCUACUCUUUGGCAUUUUUUUAAUCCAGUGGUUCCCAAAUUUGUUUUCCUGCACGGCCCACUUGAAAAUUGCUGAUGGCUUGGCGGACCCUUGAACGAUUUUUCUGUCUGGAGUAGCAAUUGUAAUCUGCUGUGCCAGAUACUGUAUGAUUUUUAACUCAUGUUUGUAUUGCUUCAUUUAUUUCUUAGAUUAUAAAAUAAAAUGUAAGAAAUACAAGAAGCAAUAUAAAAAUAAAAUUAAAAAUCUGUGUGGGAGAUACAGUUAAAUACAAAUUUAAUGGAAAUUUGGUUUCAGCAAGUGGGGGAAUUGGGCUUUAUGGCAAAACUGACUAACAAACUGCAAGAGAGAAAGCGUAAGUCAGACAUGCGCUGUGCUGUUUGGUUUAGCUUUUCUGGAUAUGCUGCGAUGAAGGAACAUGGAUACAAAGCACCAACAUCCUAUGGUGACCUAAGGAAAGACACUUUUAUUUGAUGGACAUUGUGAAGUGAUAAGUUUUUUUUUUAAUGAACAAAAAGCUAGACUAAUCUGUGGGGGUGGAAGGAGGGUCAUGUAUUACUGGAAUUCUUAAAAAAUAAAAGUUUAAGAUAUCAUCACGAAUAUUUAAUGUGGACAUGCCAUGGACCACCUGAAUGAUGCUCAUGGACUGCUGGUGGUCCAUGCACCAUACUUUGGAAACCGUGUUCUAAUCCGCAUAAUUUGCAUCGCACCCUUUCCCCACUUCCAAAGAAUUUGGUAGUCCCUUAUAUUCUCCCUCGCAUUUCAGUGAAACAGUCCUUGAUUCUUUGCUUUUCACAUCAAGGGAAUGAAGGCAGAGAGGCAACUUGCACAAGGGAUGUGACAAGUCCAGGGCAAAGGGAAGACUCCAAAGUGCUGCUGAACCUCUGAGAUUCAAGUCAUUCUUUAAUGUACAGUAACAUCUGAAACUGGAUGGAUAGGAUUAGGUGUUGUGAAGGUUGGUGCCCAGUUAGAAAAACAAACACGACAUUCCUUUAGCAAAGAAGAAUCAUCUGCUUUAACUUUAUUGCUAUGAUAGCUUCCGAAUGAAUGUCAUGUUUUUAAACUGUAAUCAAAACAGGCUUAAAAUUGGCAGACUUCUGAUG